CUCGCUCUUCGGCUCGCUUCGGAUUCGCGGCCAUGGGGCCCACCCGUCAGUCUCAGUUCCUCCUGCUCGCCCUCCACCUCCUCCUCGUCGGCGACGCCGCGGCGGCCGCCUCGCCGGAGACCUUCCUCCGCCUCCCCACCUCGGGCCGCCCCGUGCCCACCACCCAGCUCCCCCGCUCGGCCGCCGUCGGCCUCAUCCACGCCCUCAACCUCCACCCACGCGACGCCGACGCCUCGCCCUCGCGCCGCAGCGCCGACGAUGACGCCGCCCCGGCCGGAACCCUCGUCGAGAGGCCCAUCCACCUCGCGGCCAUGGCCACCGGGGGAGGAAGCGGCGGCGGUUCGUCGGUUAAGGAUCUCGGGCACCACGCCGGGUACUACCGCCUCCCCAACACCCACGACGCCAGGAUGUUCUACUUCUUCUUCGAGUCGAGGGGGAGCAAGAAGGACGACCCCGUGGUGAUCUGGCUGACGGGGGGACCCGGCUGCAGCAGCGAGCUCGCGCUCUUCUACGAGAACGGGCCCUUCCACAUAGCGGACAACAUGUCGCUCGUCUGGAACGACUUUGGCUGGGAUCAGGAGUCCAAUCUUAUAUAUGUUGAUCAGCCCACCGGGACUGGGUUCAGCUACAGCUCCGAUUCACGCGACACCCGUCACGACGAAGCUAGUAUUAGCAACGACCUAUAUGCCUUUCUUCAGGCCUUCUUCACUGAGCAUCCGGAUUUUGCAAAAAAUGAUUUCUAUAUAACUGGGGAAUCAUAUGCUGGGCACUAUAUUCCCGCCUUUGCAAGUCGAGUGUACAACGGAAACAAGAACAAUGAGGGCAUUCACAUCAACUUGAAGGGUUUUGCUAUUGGUAAUGGGCUAACAGAUCCAGCAAUACAAUACAAAGCAUACACUGAUUAUUCGUUGGACAUGGAGUUAAUUACAAAAUCACAAUAUAAGAGGAUCAACAAAAUUGUUCCAACCUGUGAAUUUGCUAUCAAGCUCUGUGGUACCUCUGGCACUAUAUCUUGUCUUGGCGCAUAUGUUGUCUGCAAUCUAAUAUUCAGUUCCAUCAGGACGAUAAUUGGGAAUAAAAAUUAUUAUGAUAUCAGGAAGCCAUGUGUAGGGAGCCUAUGCUAUGACUUCUCUAACAUGGAGAAGUUUCUCCAAUUGAAAACAGUCAGAGAGAGCCUAGGUGUUGGAGACAUACAGUUUGUAUCAUGCAGUCCAACUGUAUAUGAGGCCAUGCUGUUAGAUUGGAUGAAGGACCUUGAAGUGGGGAUCCCUGAACUCCUUGAGAAUGACAUCAAAGUGUUGAUUUAUGCUGGAGAGUACGAUCUUAUAUGCAACUGGCUAGGGAACUCAAGAUGGGUGAACUCUAUGGAAUGGUCUGGAAAGGAAGCUUUUGCUUCCUCAUCUGAGAAAUCCUUCACAGUUGAUGGAAAAGAAGCCGGUGUUCUGAAAAGCUAUGGGCCUUUGAGUUUCUUGAAGGUCCACGAUGCUGGUCACAUGGUACCAAUGGAUCAACCGAAGGCUGCUCUGGAGAUGCUGAAGAGGUGGACCUCGGGAAACCUUUCUGACACAUCCUCGAGCUUUCAGAAGCUCGAUUUCACCAUGUGAUACACGCUUAUAUCCUAUAACACAAUCGGUGGAGCGUGGUUUCCCCACAAAGGCACAAACUAGUAUGAAGUGCUUUGUACGCACGUCAGAAUGAUCUUUAGGUAAUGACAAGCUCACUGCUACCGUACAAAUGUUAUUACCCUUGUACGGUGCUCGAGUUGCCGAAUUUUAUCGGUGAUGCUACACGAUGAGCAUUGUAAUAAAGCUUAGAAGCGUUAUGGACAAGCCAAUCUCUCUUUAUUAUGA